UUAUUAUGUCUCAACUACAAAAUAAUCAAUCAAUUAAAAUCGAACCACUGGAUAAUAUAAAUUCGGAUCAGCAAAAUGAAAACAGUAGUCUUGUCAAUAGUCAAAUAUGUUCAGACGACGACGAAGGUUGUUUAGAAAGAUUUGAAAAGUCCGACAUAAAAGUAGAGCAAGAAAUAGUAACAGAAAUAAUCCGUGUACCUGUCAAGAAACAAAAUCCACGCAAAUGCAAAAUUUGUGACAAAUCCUUCCCCAAGGCCUGCGAUUUAAAAAAACACAUGGUCUCUCACAGUAACGACAGGCCUUACACUUGUAUAACUUGUAAUAAUACUUUCAAACGCUCCAAAGCCCUAUCGGCUCACUUAAAAAUCCAUUCAGGCACCAAACCUUAUGUGUGCGAUAUAUGCAACCAAGCAUUUCCUCAUACAACAGCUUUAAGACACCAAAAAGUAUUCCACAAAGGAGCUCGUAAAUAUAAAUGUGAGAUAUGUAACAAAGCCUUCAUUCGGGUAGGUCAUUUACAACAGCAUUUAGCAACUCACACAGGUGAACGGAAGUUUAAAUGUGAUUUCUGUCCUAAAACAUUCACACAAUCAGGCAGUUUAUCAAAUCACAUAAACACUCAUACAGGAUUGAGAUUAUAUGAAUGUGAUAAGUGUGAUAAGACAUUUAAUAAUUCCAGUGACCUCCAUAAACACUUUGUGACCCACAACGAAGAACGACCGUUCGAAUGUGAGCUGUGCAAUAAAUUAUACAAACGUCCUGCACAUUUGAAACAGCACAUGUUGCUCCAUGCAGGGGUAAAGCCCUAUAAAUGUGAUAUUUGUGAUAGAAUGUUUAGCCGCUCCUAUCAUUUGUCACAGCAUUUGUUGGUUCACAAUAAUGAUGAUAUUUAUAGUUGUACAAUUUGUGAUAAAUCCUUUGUUCACGAGGGUCGGUAUAUAAACCAUAUGCUUAUUCAUAAUGAAGAAUUGAAUUUUGAAUGCGAUCAAUGUGAUAAGGCUUAUAAUCAGCCUGCGAGCUUGAAAAGACACCAGAAGACAGUACACAAGGAUAAUUGAAUUAUAAUAAUAGAAUUUUAAUAGAUUAUAAUAGAAUCACUCAUAUUGUAUUAUUAUUUAAUAUUAACAAUUUUUUUUAUUGUGUAUAGUUACUAUUAUAAUGAAUAUUACCAUUUAUAUUUAUGAAUUUUAAAUUUAAACCAUCCUACUAACAUUAUACAUAAAUGUAUUGAUUUUUAUCUCGAUAAGUUAAAUAUAGUAUAAUAUAAUUAAAAAACAAAUU